GCUAUGCAUUCUUUGUAACGCAGCAACACGAAGCUUAGGCAGUCUAUGCCUCCUCUGUUUCAUUGUAAAACUGCUGUUUAUUUGCAAACCUGUAUUUAUUUGGAUAUGUCGUAUAUGUAUGGAUACCCAUUAAGAAUGUUGCAUAUUGUAUGAGGACACAAAGUAAAUUAUAAUGUCCUCUUUCGGCCCACCGAGAUCAAGUUCUAGUAAAGCUAGGCCUACGACGAAUGCAAAAUCGAGCAGCCAGGUCAAAGCUAACCCAAGCGGCGAUACUCAUGUUGGGCCUGCUAGGUCUAGGCCUAGUGGCGGCAGUGCUAGCUCGGCACGAAGUACAGCAAAAUCAGCUUCUUCCACUGGUGUAACUCAUGUAAAACCGUCUCAGCGACUGAACCCCAAAACAGUGAAUCCUUUUGCAGAUGCAAAAAAGCCCAAAUCAGCUUUUGCCAGUGUGUACUCUAAUGGUGGGAUACCAUGCAGGCUAUCACAUGGCUCUGUUAAACACAAGUUACAGUGGAGUACAGACCCAAAUAUGUUAUCAUUUGAUCCUCUUUUGAUAACUCUAGCAGAGGGUCUUCAAGAGUUUAAGCAUCCCUAUAUGUUUGUGGCCCAGAACGGCUUCAGGGAGCUGCUAGAGGUUCCAGAUGCACAAGUCAAGGCCAUGCCUCUUCUCCCUCGUCUCAUCCCACCAAUAAGAGCUGCGUUUGCAUCCUCACAUGACUGUGUGUUCGAGGGCGCUUUAAAUGCUUUAGUACAGCUUAGUAACGUAGUUGGAGAUGGCAUGAUUCCCCAUCUCAAGUCUUUGCUAACACUGCUUUCUAAACAAGCCAUGAAUAAGGCAUGGAGAGAGAAAGUACUUACAGCAUUAAACUGCAUUGAGAAUGCUUGUGGAAAUGAAAGUGUGCCUAUAAUAAAAUCAAAGAUUCCAACAUAUUCUUCAUUAUAUUGAAAUUUGCAAUGAUGACAACCUAAGUGUAGCGAUCGAAGAUCAGUGACUGCUUUCAUAUAUGGUGUCUGUUGGCCUGAAGUUUAUGACUCCAAGUGAAGAUAGAGACAUGUUACAAACUGCUUUCACAUCGUAUCUGUCGAUUUGAUAUAAGGGUGAUGAUCCUAGUAAGGCUAGAAAUCAAAGACAUGUUGUUGUCUCCUUUGAUAUUGCCUGUCGGCUUAAGGAUAAUAAUCCAAGAAUAAUAGGUAGCAAUCCACGACAUAUUUGCUGACUGGUUGACGCGGUCUCUGUCGUCCAAAAAGUGAUAACCUCAUUAAAGGUAGCAGUCUAAGACAUGUUGCUUUGGUAAGAUGGCUGUUGACUUAAGGUCCCAAAUUAACCAAAUCUUUUGUACAUAUGGUAGAAACAUUGGAUAAUAUUUGUAACUUUUUCAAAAAAAUGAUAUCAGUUGCAUUGCGCAAACUGCACAGUUUAUUUGAAUGUAUUAUAGAAAUUUACAAUAAUAUGAAAUAAAAAAAGACAAUAAUUAGAGGUCAAAACAAGAAGAAAGAACAUUUCUUAUGUUCGACCUUUAAAAAAUAAGAAGAAAUAUAAAUAAAUAUACACAAUGUAUAUGUAUACAUAUAAGCAAAUAAUAAAUUAAAUUAAAUUAAAUAAAUAAAAAGAAUAAAUAAAAAAUAAUAGUAAAUAAAUAAAAUUUAAACAAUUAAAAAAAAUAUAGCAAUAUAAAUUGAAAUUGAAAUGGUUCAUGCCUUGAAAGUUGAUAUAUUACUAUGCACUGUGCUGCCAUUUUAGUAUUUAUAUUACAUAUCCUAAUUUGUGGAAGCGCAGAAGUUGGCUCUUAAAUUUAAUGUGAUGGACUCGAUUCUCAAACUGUUAAAUGUAUUUAUAUAUUGCCUUUUUUUUGUAUGGUUACAUAGUGCUUGGAUUAACUCAUUCCCAUCACCUUCCACUCCCACUCCAAGGGGUCAAAUCCACAACAGGUACUGGAUUACACUGGGGCUAUGGUUUAUAGUCCUUAUCCAAGAAGACUUGGUCCUACUACACACAUACCAUGAGCAAGAAGCAUCUCAAAACAACACAAAAUAUAAGGAUCUGGGUUAAGGUGCCCUGUACAUUUGUGUGCAUGUCUACUGCUCAAGAUGACCAACCAAUUGGUGUCCAAUUUGCAUCAUUAGUGAGCUUUCAAUUGUACGACGACGGUAGGACGUAAUGACGUCACUAAACGUCAUUUGCGCAUGCUAGAACGUUAAGGUCACCUCGUCGAGUAGAUUCUGGAACACAAUUUGGCCAAAUCUACGUGUGCAGAGAACGUAGGACGCCAGGUAGGAUGGUCACGCAUGAGUGAUUCCGUUCUAGAAUCGUGUCGUCGCACAAAUCGAAAGCUCCCUCAUAUCAACCGAGGAGUAUAAAUAAGUAUCUCGUAGUAUGAUACUUUUUAGUCUUGAAUGCAUUUGGUUUAUGCUGAAGCAUCAUCAAUUAAUUUUUCCCAGGGUUGUCCAUUGUGUAUGGUUGUAAGGCCCUGUUUCCAUAACAUCGCUGCACUGUCGUUACAGUGUUUUUUCCUUCAAUUAUCAUUAUACGAUACUGUAUAGCUGUCCUUGACUACCCCAGAUAUACCCUAAUGGACAACAAUAACAGUUUUGUAUGAGUAAUGACAUCCAUUUUAACAAAGGAAUUGCUUUUUCGGUCACAACGUUUAUUAAAUACGUCCCUUCAUUAGACUAUAAUGAUGUAUAUAUAUUAGAUAAUGUUUUGGUACAACUAUACUUUACAUAAUGCUAAAUUGCCUAAUGCCUUUCUUGGUGUAAUAUUUCUUCAAUCAUUUGUGUUUUUGCCAAAUAAAUGAAUGAAUGGUCAUACUGAGGCAGUA